UGGCGAGCGCAGCCCGGCGAGCCUUUUAAUCUUUCUGCUGGGAAUUGAUCGUGGGAACGCAGCUCGCUUGGCGUGCUCCGCUCGGCUGGUUCCUGGCACGUGGAUGAGAUGAUGGGACUCGGCUGAAAAUCCUGCCAAGAUUCUCUCCUCCAUUUUUGAAGCACAAGAAGAAGCGUGAUUGAUCUGCAGAAGUUCAGAAUGGUGCUCAGGGGUGCCUGCUGACCUGUGGAUCACACCUGUGGGUUCACAUCUGUGGAUCACACCUGUGGGUUCUUCGAAGCCUCACACCGAAAGGGGGAACCCCUCCCCAGAAGACCCCCCCCCGUGCGCUGAGCAGUGUUGGGGAAAUUGGUCUUUCCGAGUGUUGGGCAAGAUGGCUGCCACCAAAGUGCCCAUCUAUCUGAAGCGCGGGAGCCGCCGAGGCAAAAAGGAGAAACUGCGCGACAUUCUGUCUUCCGAGAUGAUCAGCCCUCCCCUGGGAGAUUUCCGGCACACGAUCCACAUCGGGAGUCAGGGGGAGAACGACAUGUUCGGGGACAUCUCUUUCCUUCAAGGCAAGUUCCAUCUCCUGCCCAGAUCGGAGAAGGUAGACGCCGACGGGAACGGACACUACAUGGUGCCCUUCGAGUUCUCGCGGACUUCAACGCUCUCGGGAUACGAGCCGCUGUCGUUGGACCUCCCUUCGCCGCUGCUCAAGAAUGCCAUUUCUCUGCCCAUCAUCGGCGGCCUGCAGGCGCUGACCUUACCUUCCGCCCAAGCCCCGCCCAAGCCUCCCCGCCUCCACUUGGAUGAGAAGGACCAUGCUGCUCCGCCGACGGAAGCCCACGCUCAACAUCUGGCCAACAACGGUUGGGCUUCCGAAGCCCCGGAGGCCUCCAAGCCCCCUGCCCCUCUCAACGGCUUUGCCGAGGGGCAGAAAAGAGACGAACCCUUAUUAACCCACGCCGGAUCCCUGCUCUCCCUUCACGUAGAUCUGGGACCCUCCAUUUUGGAUGAUGUUCUGGGGGUGAUGGAGAAGCACCAGACUUUGGACGCGGAUGUGCAGGAGAUUCUGACAUGAGGGCAUGUCUACGAAAGGACUCCUAAGAACAAGGCCAUGUAUGGAAGAGGGGUGUUGUCGUUGUUGUAGAGUGAGCUUUGUGAAGUGGAAGUUGAGGCUCUGUGUGUACGUCUGAGGAAAGACGCAACUUAAGAAGGGUACCUUUGCUUCCAAUCUCUCCAUUAACUAACUUUGACGCGUUGUGCGUCGCAACUCCCGAUGUUGACACCCCGGGCACAACAACCUUCUCCUAAAACAGCUUUCUUGCCCCUUCUCCAGCAUAGGUGUGCUGGAGGAGGAAGAGGGAAAAGCAUGGGAGAUAUAGCCUUCCACCAUAUCUGGAAACAUGUUCCUUCUUCAUCAUCACCGAGGAGUUCGAUUUAAGAAUGGUACUCUUGUCCCCAGCUUUCCAUGAACUAUGCACCCCAACGUUGUCAACGAAACUGCUUUUGUUGCCCUCUUCCAGCACAACUGCUGGCCUACUGGAAGAGGAGGAGGAGGAGGAGCAUGGGAGAUGUAGUCCGUCGUUCCACCCAACCUGGAAACACGUUCCUCCUUCGUCACUGCCACGCGACCUAAUCGUGCACCACAAAUUCCUAUAAUUAUGGACACAUCCUUCUUUACCUAAAGAAAGAAGGCGGAUGGAUGGGGGGGGAAACACAAAUCGUAGCAGCCAAAAGUUUUGUCGGCCGUACUUUUCUUUUUGUGCUAUGGGGAUGGUGGGAAUUAGGUUAAUGUUGGCUUAGUCGCCUACGGUUGUUAAUCAGUCUUCGAAACACCCCUGCGAAAGAGCUGCGUGACGCACACACACACACACCAAGAGGCCAUCUGUGUUGCAAUGCAAAGAAAAAUCAGAAUCGGGCUAAAUUUCGGUGGUUUUGAUUUUAAAAAAAAAUGAAGCGUCACAGCGCUCCUUGGGGUAACAAAGGCUCGGGUUUCACAAUGCACAUCGCCCCCCCCCCCCCCCCAAUGUAGCUUGCACAAUUUCUGGCUCUACAUCAUCUCAGAAUGCCGAACAGAUGCUUGCACAAAUUUUCCAAGCGUCCCACGUGGCUGCCAAUUCGUGAUUUUAUUUUAUUUUAUUUUAUUUUUGACGGGGAAACGAUGUGAUCCCUGGCGAAGCCACCGUCUUCCCCAUGUGUCUGAAUUAAAUCUUAAAUUGAGCCAAGGUGUAAAGAUUUUUCAAAUCUUUUGGGCUGAAAUUUGGAGGGGUGAUUUUUUUUAGAGCGAACUGCACACAAACACACACACAGACACACACACACACGGGGUCAGGAAAACACCCCACUUCUCCAGGUACGGCUGACACUUAAAACUGUUUUUUUGUGGGGGAGGUCUUCCUGUUUUCCGUUUAUUUAUUUACUUUCAUUUUUUUCCCCGCCCCUUCCUUCUUCCCCGAGAGUCUUGUUAACGGUUUAUCCGACAUCUGCCUCCGUGUCCAGGAUAAACUAGAAAGAUUUGUGGAGCGUGUUUUCAAGAGAGCCACAAACGCAUCCCUCCUUCGACCAACAAAGGGACUCUUUGUCCCUUCGUGGUUGUCUUCACACUCCUUUUUAUCCUGUCCAUCUGCUGUUGUGAAAGCUGUUUUCGCUUGGGGAGAACGCGCGUCCUGCUUGCAUAACGCUGACGGUCCUUGUGAGAUGCAGAGAGGCCUGGGUUUGCGAGGUUUGAACCCCUCCGUUCUCUUGGGCCAAGGAAACGGUGUCUAACCGCUCGAAAAUAAUUCAGCGGGGCCUCUUAAAUCGGUCGAUUUAUUGUGAUUUAGCCGAGGCGCCUAAUCCAGGAUUUCAAACAUUGCCCGACGAUGCAAAUGUUUGCUCUUAAAACCCAGUAGCAAAAUUCUCAUAAUUUAGAACUGUAUCCAUGUUUCAAAAUUUAAUUUCUUUUUUCAGGGUGGGGGGGGGGGAAGAGAAGCAUUGGUGGUUUUAAUGUUCCCAAUUAAUUUCUGGGCCCCCACUUCUGUUUUUCAGCCCCUGCUGUUUUCCCUAAGGCAGCUGGUUUAUUGUUCAGCUGGGGAGCAAAAGAAAAAGGAUAAAAAGCAGAAAACCGUUGCGUGUUGCCAAUGCCACCUCUGUAGUUUUCUCCCUUUGUUUUUGCCAAGUCGGACGCGCUCUGAACUCCCCCCCCCCUUUCAAAGUUUUAAAAACGAGCAAAGGGGGAGUUUCACAAAUCUGCGCUCUCCUUUUAAGCCGGGAGCUGUUUUGUAGAUCGCUUUAGCUUCUGUUAACGAGUUUGAAUGAAUUAUGAUUUGUUUAAUCACGGAUGAGCCGCAAUUAACGGCGUGUGUCCUGUAGCAUUUUGCAAUUUGCAACGGCCGAGUUUGCACUACGCCAAGCCCAAAUUGGCUGCGGUUGAGUGCGGUGCGCGAAGGCAACCUUUUCUUUCUACCUUCCACUCAAUAAUCUUGGGGCAGGGAGUUCCACCGUUCAUUUCUGGCUACCCACAGAAAUGUUUCUCUUGGUCUCCUGUUUUUUUUUUCUUUCUCUCUCUCUCUUUCAUUUGGCCUCCCCGAAUGACCAAACCGGGCUGUCUGUAGUUUUGCCAUAUUUUGGCUCUGCGCUUUUAAUUUACGCUUUCCAUUUGGACAGUUGAAUAAAAUCCCUUAAGGAGGGUUACUACAAGGAGCAAAAUCAGCUCUUCUCAUUUGAAUUUUUAUUUUGUCUGCAAUCGUUUUAUCCUUUGCCUGCCUGAUGCUGUGAAAGUCUCUUUCCUCCGUGUGUCUCGUCUGCAAAAAAUCCUUCUAAAUAAUCAGAUAAUUUGACCUGCUACAGAGCUAAGCACUAGCUUCAAGGCUCCGCUAGGAUGGUGAAAGGCCUCCUCACCUGCUGAUUGAUGAGUGCUUUAUCACACCUGGUCACGCCCACCAUGGCAGACAUUUUGUGAGCACGCCCACAGGCAGGCUUUUCAAUUUUACAAGCAUAUUUUUCUAGUUUUUGAGUAAUUUCACUCAUUUUAAUUUAUUCCUCUGCACCUUAAUCUUUGCACCUAACAGGCAGACCUGGCCAAUUUGCUUCCCAACCCAACCAUAAGCAAAGCUGGGUUCUCGCCGCGUCUCUACCUUUUAAAAAAUUUUUUUGAGAAAUCCCAGGAAAAUUGUCAGGGAAGCAUUGAUUGAAGGAAAGCGAAAUGGCCCCAGCAAAGAGACAGUGUUUGCCUCAGAACUUUUCCAAGAAAGAGAAGUUGGUAAAGGCCAUAGCUGAGUUGGUUUGCUGUAAAUUCCUCUUUUAUAAUAUUUUCAUCCGUUUACAAAUUUGCAGGUUGCGAAACACAUGGUGUGCAAAAACUGGGCACUAAAAGGAAAAUAAUGGUACAAUUCCUGUUAUCCAUGAGUUCUUUAGAGAAAGUCCUUUUUUCCUUCUCUGCAACACACACACACACACACACAACCUUUCACGCAUUCACGCAACACAACAGAAGUUUCCAACCUUGGUCCCUUUAAGACUUUUGUGGACCUCAACUCCCAGAAUUCCUCUGGGAAUUCUGGGAGUUGAAGUCCACAAGUCUUAAAGUGGUCAAGGUUGGAGAGCCCUUCACUAAGCCAUCAUAUCAUAUUUAAAAGCCUUGGAGACCACCUAGUCCAGUAUUUCUGGAAGUUGGCAACUUUUAAGCUGCGUGGACUUCGAUUCCCAGAAUUCCCCAGGUGGACUUCGUCUCCCAGAGUUCCCCAGCCAGUGGAAUUAUGGGAGUCGAAGUCCACCCAUCUGAAAAUAUCCAAGUUUAAGCAACACAGAUCGAGUCCAACCUCUUCAAGGCACAAGUGUUUGAAUUUAGCAUAGUAUACCCCAACCGUUGUAGGUUGAAACUCUUGGUUUAUGGCAUGCUUUUUUUUUUCUUUUUCAAUAAACAAAAGUUAAAUUCUGGUUUAAUGUGUACAUAUUUAAGUUUAGAUUCAACUAUAGGAAUGGUGACUAUUCUAAUAGCUAUGAAAAACAAUAGCUAUUGGUUUAUAAAGCAUUUUGCCACUGUUUCGUUUGCUGCUAGUUACUAUGAAUUAUAUGGUGCCGAGAUGCCUUUUCCCGAAUUGUUAUUUUUUUUUUUAAAUUUGAUUUAUAUAUCCUGCCAUUCUACUCCAUUAAACUCUAACAGACAUUGUAAAAAGUUAAUAAAAGCAUAAAUUAAAAUGUGUUAAAAUGA